CAGCACUCUGCCGCUGCGAGAGAAGGACCAGAAAUCUGCAGUUCACAGAAUGAAGAGAUCAAAAUGAUGUUGCCUGUAAAAAGGGAUUAAACUCUGGGCGCCACCUCGCUUGGAUCGGCUGCUGGUGGAUGAGACAGAUUUGCCACCGGGGGUUGAGAAAGGAGAAAUGCCGUCGCUGAGCAUCCGUUGCGACGCUUGACUGACCAUGAUGAAGACCGAAUCCACAUCCAAGAGCACCGGCUCUGGCUCUACGCUCAGGAGCCCAUCCCCGCACAGAAACGCGUACGAAGCGGGGAUGCAGGCCCUGAAGCCCGUCAAAGACAAUGCUGCGAACGGGGACAUGCAGGAAGGCCCCCGAGGGCGCAGGUACGGCUCCAACGUGCACCGUAUCAAAAACAUGUUCCAGCAGAUGCAGACCCUAACCCCCGCCGAUGCGGAGUGUGAGGAAGGCGCCAGGAACGCCGACAAAUCGGUGCGCCUCUCCCUCCCCAGAGCCGGGAGCCUGAACGAGAACGUGGACCACAGCGCGCUGCUGAAGCUGGGGUCCACCGUGUCCGAGCGCGUUAGCAAGUUCGACAUCAGUAAACCGGAGAACGGGCAUCCGCGGGCCUCGUCACCCAGCUACUCCAAGCUGCAGGAGACCCGCCGCAUCUUCGAGCAGCAGCAGGAGAGGCAGCAGCAGGAGAGGCAGCAGCAGGAGAGGCAGCAGCAGCAGGAAAAGUUGGCCACCACCAGGGUCCUGCUGAAGACAGACAAGGCCUCGGGCUUCCAGGAUAGCAGGUUGGACGUGGUGUCCCGGUUCAAUGGCAGCACCGAGUCUCUGGACAGCCUGGACACCAGCGAUGCGGUGUCCCCUACAGUCAGCCAGCUCAGUGCUGUGUUUGAACGGGCAGCCGAGCUCCGGAACAACCUCCACCGCCUCUCCUCUACCCCACCGCUCCCUUCCCGGGGGGUCAGCGCCAAGGUGGGUGUGUUGAACUCCAAAAUAAUUACAAAAAGGGUUUGUGCCUUUGCAGCAGGCAACCCGGAGGAAGAUAUAAACAAUCAGAUGGGCCAAGAGGGGCCUCCAAGUGGCCCCAGGGGGAGGGCUACUCCUCCAUCUGAAAGCAUUAAUGGGUGCCAAAGCGCCCCGAAUACUGAACUUUACAGUACUCUAGGAGAGCCAAAUGAGCAGAGAGAAAAGACAGUGUCAGAUGCAGGCGUUGAGGUCAAAUCUGAGGAACACUAUGGGGCCAAGGGGCCUAACAGCACAACACUGCAAGGUGACAUCCACAUCUCUGUGGAGAAUGGAGGAAGCAAGAAGGAAAGCUCCCCAAAGGGUGGUGAGAUGGCCAAGGUUGCUGGGGAAGAGGAAGACAGAACUCUCAGAGACGACCAGUCGGGGCGUGACUCUGUGGAUAUCAGUACCUACAGCGCGGUGGGGGACGACUUUGGAGGAAGCCAGGUGGAUGAGGAGGAAGAUGAGGGUGACGACCGCUACGAGCCCGAGUCCAGCUGUGCAGAAAUUUCUGGGCUGCCUGUGGAGGAGGACCCGCCCCCCUCCAGGAAGAUCCGCUUCAGCACAGAGCCCAUCAAGGUGUUUGCCACUUACCCCAACGAGGACUACGACAGGCGUAAUGAAGACGUGGAUCCAAUGGCAGCGUCUGCUGAGUACGAGCUGGAGAAGAGGGUGGAGAGGCUGGACCUGUUCCCCGCGGAGCUGGAGAAAGAUGGCGAGGGCCUGGGCAUCAGUAUCAUUGGGAUGGGUGCAGGGGCUGACAUGGGCCUGGAGAAACUGGGCAUCUUUGUGAAGACAGUCACGGAUGGAGGAGCAGCACACAGGGAUGGCAGGAUCCAGGUGAACGAUCUGAUUGUGGAGGUGGACGGGACCAGUUUGGUGGGAGUUACCCAGAACUUUGCCGCCUCGGUACUCAGGAACACCUCAGGAACUGUCAAGUUUGUGAUUGGGCGAGAAAAGCCGGGAGAACAGAGCGAAGUGGCCCAGCUCAUCCAGCAGACCCUGGAGCAGGAACGCUGGCAGAGGGAGAUGAUGGAGCAGCGCUACAACCAGUACAUGGACGAACAAGAGGGUGGCGAAUACGGCACAGACGAGGAAGAGGACGAGGAUGAGGAGGUCAGUCCUCCGUAUCCCAGUGCCAUCGAGGUGUUUGACUUGGCAGAGAACGAGGACAUGUCGCCUCUGGAGACGGACCCUGAGAAACUGGCACAUAAAUACAAAGAGCUCCAAAUAAAGCAUGCUGUGACUCAGGCUGAGAUCCAACAGCUGAAAAGAAAGCUGCACCACGCCGAGCAGGAGAAGCAGCGCUGGCGCAUGGAUAAGGCCCAGCUGGAACAGACCCUGCAGGAAAACAAGGAGCGUAUGGAGAAGCUAGAGGGCUACUGGAUGGAGGCUCAGAGCCUGUGCCAGGCAGUGGACGAGCACCUGAAGGAGACACAGUCCCAGUAUCAGGCCCUGGAGCGCAAGUACAGCAAAGCCAAACGCCUGAUCAAGGAGUAUCAGCAGAAGGAGAUUGAGUAUCUGAAGAAGGAGACUCAGCGUUGUGCACAAGUUGGAGCUGAGGCCUCUCUUCUGAAAGAGGAGUCAGGACAACUUCAAGAGCAGGUGGCUGACCUGGAGUGCAGAGUGGAAGAGCUGAAAUCUGAACCUUUAUAAAAGCCUUUUGCCCUUUACAUAUAUCUCAGAAAGCAUAACUUCACUCGAUGGAGACGAUAAGUGUUAUUGUACUUCCAAUGACCUGCAGGGUAUUUCUCGUCACCACAUUGAGCUUGGUUUCCGGUUGCAUACUGUAUAUGUGUCCUCAGGCUUAGUAUUUCAGCCACUUAACCCUUUUAACCAUGUUUUUCCGUUAUGGGUACGCAAAGAACGGUUUUAUCAUCACAAAUAUAGACUCUGUUGAGCUCUAGAUGUAUUGUUCCAUUUUCAUUUUCAGUAUAUAAUCUUAAUUUGUGGUUUUGUGACAGAUCGAGCUGUUGCUUUUAAUUGCCAAAAAACAAAACAAAUUCUUUUCUUUUGCCUAGUUUUGUGACCUUUUUUUCUGUUUGUACAGAUGUGUUACUGUGUGGUUUAACAAUCAAGUUUGGUUUGUAAAAAAUUUUAAUAUGUGUAUAACAUUAACAUAAUAUAAACUAAUGAGAUUGAGGGUUGUUGUAUAUUUUACGUGAUGAAGAAUGUGUACAUUGGAUGGAGAUUGCACUGAAGAAGACAUCAACAAGGUGCUUCACUGGAACGGAGGAAUAAAUGGGAACAAUGUUUGAGGUGUCUUUGAAAUUGUACAAACAGUAACCCAACCUUCAUAGGGGUCCUAUCACUAUACCUUGAGAACCACCUGCUGCCUACCUUUCAGAAGUGUUUGUGUAUUUUUUACACAUUAAGACUCAAAUGAGCAUCCAAUCCUCUGGUUUCAACCCUACUUUCAAAAAAAAACUAAAAAAAGGACCACAGAAACAAGCCUCCACAACUGCUGUGCCACAAAUGAAAAUGGAUCUCUUUCUCCCCUCAAAAUGGAUGUUGUCAAGGACUUUGUGUAACUGGUAUUAGUUAGGACUACUGAUAUAAGAAACAUUACUGGACUGGGAUGUUAAAUAAGCCGUUACCAGCAGCAAAAGUCAUAGAUUUAAAAAGCUUGUGUCUCGAACCAGCAAAUGCACUUGACACCACUGUGUGUAGCACAUGGAAAACACUGCCAGGUUUAUACCUGUUUCAAUUUACGCACAGUUUGAAAUUAAAUGAGUCUACUUGUGUCAACUGUCAUACCAGUAUGUUUGUAUAGUUCAGGUAAGACUGAAAUAUUUUAAUUUUACUUAAUAUUUAUAAUAUAGUCAAGGUGGAAAUAUGAGCCAACAAGGACAAAAACUGACAAACGCAAUGCAAAAAGCAAUGUUCAAUGGACAGUCAUACUGUGUUAUUAGAAAAAAGUAGAUCAUGACGACUACGAAAACAAAAUUAAGAUUAAUGAAUUGAAAAAAACAGGCAUGUUAUGAGUAUUUUCAUAAUAUUAAGGCGUGUACAGUGCACAUGCUUUGCAUUGUAUGUUUUGUGGAAUAAAUGGUCAACAGUGA